GUAACGCUUUUCAGACGCGUUUAUUUCGCUUUUGGAUAGCCUCUAGUGUCUAAACGAGGACAAAAUGAGCAAAGCGCAUCCCCCCGAGCUCAAGAAGUUUAUGGACAAGAAGCUUUCGUUGAAGUUAAAUGGGGGCCGACACGUUCAAGGGAUCCUCCGCGGCUUCGACCCCUUCAUGAACCUGGUGGUGGACGACUCAGUGGAGAUGGGACCCGGCGGACAACAGAACAGCAUCGGCAUGGUGGUGAUCAGAGGAAACAGCAUCAUCAUGGUAGAGGCUCUGGAGCGAGUAUGAGACAAAAAGACUGCAAUGCUUUUUUUGUUUUUGUUUUUUAGUUUGUCAAAGAUCUGUUCAUGUCUCUGAUGUCAUCUGAGGCCUCU